CCAUAUUGUGUGAAGAGAUAUUUAUAGGAGUCAUAAAAAGAUGGAUCCCUCCAGUUCGUCUAAAUCUCAAGUAUUUGUUAAUGCUAAUAAGCCCGAGCAAAACCAGAGCAUUACUUUCAUGGAUCGUAAUUCCUACAAUGCUGCAACAAAAGGCAAAAUCAAGGUCUUCAAAAAUAUCUCCGAUCAUAAGUCUCUUGACCACCUACUAACCGCAAAUAAAAACACAAUCAUCCAUAUUUACAUCACAGCCCUCAAUUCCCAAUUCGAAUCAAGAAUACCUAUUGGAAGAUCGGAAUCAACAACCAACUUUGUGAAAGAAAUUCUUGAAAUGUGUUCACCAUUGUUAUGUCAAGCCAAUGUUAAAGGUGAAACUCCAUUGCACAUUGCGGCAAGGUAUGGGCAUUAUGACAUAGUGAAAGUUCUAAUCGAAUGUGCCAAAACUUCCCAUCAAGACCUUGAACGUGGGAUUGAACUAGUAAAGGAAAUGCUCAAGAUGACAAACAAAGAAAAAGACACGGCUUUGCACGAGGCUGUACGUUUUCGUCACCUUAAGGUUGUAACAUUGUUGAUUGAAACAGACGAAUAUUUUUCAUAUUCUGCUAAUGAUGUUGGUGAGACUCCACUUUACAUAGCUGCCGAGAGAGGGUUUAAAGAUGUGGUGAUCGAAAUUUUAGACAAAUGCAAAUCACCAAUUCAUGGCGGCGGCGGCCCCCUUGGUAGGACGGCUUUGCAUGCUGCCGUAACACGGGGUGAUAAAGAUAUGACCACAAGAAUUCUGAAAAAAGUUGAAGGUAUAAGUAGAAAAGUUGACGAUAAGGGUUGGACUCCGCUUCACUUGGCUGCAUACUUGGGCCAUUCAGCCUUAGUAACGCUGUUGUUGGAUGAUGAUAAAUAUGUAGCAUACAUGAAAGACAAAAAGGGUAUGACAGCUCUUCAUAUUGCAACUCAACGAGGUAAUGAUGAUAUAGUAGAGUGCAUUGUAUCUAGUUGUCCAGAUUGUUGCGAACUGGUUGAUAACAAAGGUUGGAAUGUACUCCAUUUUGCUAUCAUUUGCCCCAUCUACAAAUUGCAUCUUUCAAGAGUAAAGAACAAUCGUUUAGAGAGGAUCAUUGAAAUUAUUAAAGAAAAUUCAUGUCUCGACAGUCUUUUGAAUGAGAAGAAUGACGAUGGGAAUGCACCUCUUCAUUACUAUUUGAAAAAAAGUUGGUCAGCUGAGAAUUUUUUUGGUCACCCUCGACUCGACAAGAUGGCUUUCAACAAAGAAAACCUCACCGCGUUCGAUCGUACUUCAGAUUAUUUUCGAUUUUUCUGGACAAAAGAGACUCUUUGUUUUGAAGAAGAUCCCUCUUCUGUUGUUCCGACUCUUAGUCUACUCUGUUUCCUUGGAAACUGGUCUAGAUUUGAGUCUUUAGAGGUUCUUUUACUGUCGAUGGUUUUACCCAUCACAGUGCGCCGCGACUUUCAGUCCCUGCCUUCACAAGUGACUUUAGCCUUUAUGGUUCCCUUUCCGUGUCGGAAGGGGAAGGAAUUUCGGCUUGCAAAGCAUCGAGCACCUCUACGAGUAAUAAAAGACAAACCCACAAUACCAGUGAACAAGGAGGUGUCAUCUUAUUUGCGGGAGACAGCUGGAGCCCAUUUGGUAGUGGCUGCACUCAUUACAACUGUGACCUUUGCAGCAUGUAUUACCAUGCCUGGGGGAUUCAUGGGAAGCGGAGAAGGCUCACACCCAGGCUCUGCACUUCUAAGAAAAAGUGCUACUUUCAAAGCAUUUGUCAUCGGAAAAUGA